AUGGAGCUCGCGGACUUUGCCGUCACCGUCGAGCACCUCCCACCGGGCUACGCCGUGUACGCCGCACUUUUCACUGACGCAGCCAACGCCGCCUUUCUGCAGGCUCAGCUCGUCGCUCGCAAUGCCGACUUUGAGUACGCCCUCAUCGACGCCGCCACUGUCGUGUCGCGCACCCACCUGCUGGCGGCAGUCUACAAAGCUGUGCUGGCGCACAAGUCAGGGACGCUCAAGACGCCCAAUGUUCAUUCGGAGGCGGUCCUGUCGCUGAAUACACGAAAUGUAGUGGCUGUCAAGGUGCUGCUGGACGGCGCCGACCCAGCCCCGGUUUGGGCGCAUUUGGCCGAGCAUGUGCAGGGUACGCCCACUCCACUGUCGAAUUCCGUAGCGCUGGCCAAGUGCACAGACCUGACGCGUGUACGAAAGUACUACAAGCUGAACGGUGUGCCGUCUCUGGCCGGCAACGAGGACACGCCGGCCAAGCGACACCAGGCGGAAGUGCUGGUGCUGGGCGCCAUGGCAUUGCGGGGAUUGUAA